AUGACACCCACCUCUUCCCCGUCCCCCAAGAUAAAGGAUGUUGUGGUCAACAUCCUGAAUACGUUAGAGGUGAUCGACCACGCAUAUCUCACAAAAUCUGAAAUUCUGGACCUAGGAGUCUCCGCUAAGGGUUUUGACCAGAACGACGAAGAUUCUUGGGGCCCCGAGACCCCAUGGCUUUUCAUGCCGGUUUCUAAGGAGGACAUCAUACCGCAGCUUCGGCCUAACUGGGACGCCACACGCGCCACGCAACAGUUCAACCAUCAUAGCAAAUCGAAGACUCGCCUAAGCGGUACACUCGGGUGGAGUUAUAUUGAUUUCGAAGAGUUUACUAGCGGUAAUAAGGGAUUCCUUUUCUCUACAAGUGGAAAAUGUCGAGGCGUUGAUACCCCGGGCUAG